UGGAAUGCUGAGGGUAGAGGGCUGGGGAUGUGCUAGUAGGAUCGUGUGUAUCUGUCGGACAGAAGGGGCUGCCUGCUCCUGUAGAACGGGUAGUGAUGUUGGGGUUCCUAUGAGUUGAUGGUUGAGGUAUGGCCCGGGACAGCACGGAGAGCAGAUUCAGGCAGGCGCUGGAGGAGUUGGGCGGCCCACAGAACGUACUGCUUAUAGGAGAGCUGUGGGACAGGGCGCAGAGCAGGGAUCUUUUGGAGAGCUUCUUGCAGACUGUUUUCCCUGGUGAAAAAAAGGAAGGAGUCGGAAACCCAAACUCAAAGGACCCACACGAUACUCAUAGGGGCUCCCAGGAGCCAGACAGCAAUGGCAGCCGAGAGCAGCCAGCUGAGAGUACGGGGCCAAAGGAAGCAAAGACAAAACCCCAUUGCAAUAACCAUCAGUCCUCUCCGGACCGGGCUCUGCGCUUCCCCCUGGUGUUCUUUCUGUGCCGUGCGGAGUCUCUUCGGCUGCGGGAGUCGCGGCGGCAGCUCCGAGAGAUCUUUAAGGACCUGCGGGAGAGAACACGUGGGGGAGCGGCGGUGAUUGGGGUAAUAGUGCCGCCCGGGAGAGCCAUUGCGAGCGGAGAAGAGCAGAGUGAUGGUUAUGGCGAGGCCAACUCUGGGGGUCCCGCUCCGGACUCUGUCCGCCAGGAUGUGGCGUGUCUCCUGUCCCUGCUGCAGUCCGUGUUCCCCCCGGGCAGUCAGGGUGGGUGGGAGGUUCGAGCGGCCGCAUUCACCCAAGGACAGGACGAGACCCGGAAGGAUGUUCAGAACGUAGCGUGUGAGGCGCUGGCUGCAGCAGAUGUGAAUAAAAGUCAGAGGCUGCAAACAAAGUUCCAGUGUCUUCCCUGGAUAAGGAGCAAGAAAAAAAGGAACCCAGUGGAGAAAGGCAACAUUGAAGAUGGUACAGCCCUAAAUGUCAUCAGAUAUCCAAAUGGUGAAUGUACUGAAAAUUCAACUGACACCUAGGACCUAAGAAGAUAUCCUGCCCGAAUGAUACAGUGCUCCUCCAGGAAAGGCCAGCAAGUUCUGACACCUACUAACUGUUGGUACUUUUAUGAUGGUCAUAGUACUUCUAAAAAUAUCCACUGGCAUUGAUAGUCUUCUAAGAGAAGAGGUGGCCAUGCUUGUUCUGUGUGUAAUAAGUUGACUACUGCAUAAUGCUCUCAUUUUAGAGGGCAAAGGCUUUGUGAACCUCAUAUUAGAUUAGGUACAAGACUAAAAAACCUGGUCUAAUAUAAUUGUAUUGUACCAUCACCUGUUAUGGCAGUGUGCUAGUACAUAUUUGUGUCUGCUUUGUGCUAAUUCCUAAACCAUUCGAAAGGAAACCCUUUAAAGGAAAAAAAUGCAGAUACAUUGAGGUCAUUCUACCAUGUAUAUGGGCAAAUGCUUGUAAUGCAGCAUCAGACUGGCCCAGUGGGCAACCGGUAGCAAACCCGUUAGGCUUCAAUCAUUGUGGGCCUUGCCACUUCACUUGGCCUGCAGGGAGAUCCUAUUGCGUUGGCCACAGGCAGUGGCAAGGAAGCUAGUGCAACUCUGAGGUGUGUGUGGGGGAGAGUGAUGUGACUUGGAGGUACGAGUUGGGGACCAGGGUGCAGAGGGGGGAUUGAUGUUGGUGUCAGGGGCCUCCUUGGCUGGGAUGGAAGGCUUUUGAGCUGGCAGUCCCAGUGGGCACCAGACACCCCAGUCCGAGACUGGUCUUAUGUUGCAGUGUACAAAUUAGUGAAAAAACUUCCCAUGGCAAAGAACGUUAAGGCCUAAGGCUAAUGGCACACAGUGUUUUAAGUACUGCUGUGCUCUGGUAAUGGGUUGAUUUUACACCUAUUUACGUAAAGCUGCAGCCAAAACACCCCUUGUGCCAUGGGCCUAGUAACUUGAAUUACACACUACUUUAACCUUUAAAGUACUGUAAACUGUAAAAUUAAUGGAGCUGGCACAGUUGUGCUUUUAUAAUGGCAACAUAGAUUUUACUAUUUGUCAUGCUGAGGGUUAAGCAACAACAAUAGCACUGAUUUUGUGUUUACAGUAUAUAUCAGUUCUCUCUGUGUCAUCUGAAUUAUUCCAAAAUGAGUUUCUCAAGGCAGUUGGCCAUAGGAGCUGUACACCCAAUGGACUUUUUUUCUCUCUUUGAAUGUAUGUGUGGUAUUUGUUGGUUAAAUAACAUUCUCUAUAAAACAUUUACUACAUGACUAGGCACACAUUUUUGCAUCACAUCAAAAUAAACUAUACUGAGACAAGAUGCUUCAUGUAGAGAUUUUUAUUACAUACAUCAUAAAUAUUGCUUAUAUGAUGUCUUCUAUUAGUCCAUAUGGUAGAGCAAGUUCGAUUAUGUCUCAGGUGAUCAGUCUGUAGCCUAGAAUAAAUUACUAAAAUAA